AAUCCUAGGCACCAAAUAGAUACUGAAAAGAUACGUUUGACAGUCACAAAGGUAUAGCUUUGUGGUGGAGCAACCCUGAGAAAGUCUAGGAAAAGUGUCCAGAAAUCGCAAUAAUGCCCACCGAGGAUAAGCCGGCCACUGGUGCUGGGUACAUAGAUUUGCCGGGACAAGGGCCCAUCAAGAGUUUUGACGGAAUUUACCGCCAGUGGUUUACAUCGAGACAUCGACUCUUAUCUCAGAAUAAAGGAGGUCAGGUCCCUGGUCAUUUUGUGAAGAUGGACGGGGAUAGCGUGACCGCAACUGCAGUCGAAAAAGACGACAAAGCAAAAUUUCAUUUACACAAUUUUACGGAAAGGAGGAACGAGCAGUGGUAUGACUAUUACAUUCUGGAGAAUCAGGUCAGCGGAGCCUGUUUGGCCGUAAACCCAGAGGAUGACACUAUCACUGUUAAGCGUGCAGAGGUAAGAGGUCUCAGGACCAUUGCACAAGUGAAAAAAGCCAACCUGUUAGAUGUGAUGUUUAUUAAAGAGCAGAAAAAAGCUUUGGACGACCACUUUUGGUUUGAGUCAUGUAUCGAGGAUGAUAAGAAGCGGGUCCUGGGAUUUGACCAAAAUGGUAUGGUCCUGAAAACUACUGAGGUCGAACCAGGUUCGAAAGAAAGUCUACUGGAGAUGAAGCGGGUCUGGAUGGAGGAGUCCUGAGAAGUCCUUCCUUUUAACAGCAUUCAAAUUUUCUGUAGCAUUGAAAACGGUAGCAAACUAAUGAGUAAACUACGAACGUAACAAGUCCUUCAUGAAGGUCUUGCUACAUAUAAUACCUAGUCGCGAAUCGUAGUAAAAUUAGCAAGCUAAUAAAUACAUAAAUAAAUGAGUUCUUAAUAAAAGAAACUUCAGUUGUGUUGACCUU